GGUAAUGGCUCAAGCUCAAGUACCUGUUACCAAUACAUGCACUCAUCAUCCAAUGCAAAUUUACCAGUUCUACUGUGAAAAUGACAAUACACUGGCAUGCAGAUUAUGUGUAACUAGCAUACACCAAGGUCACACCUUAUCUGAUCUCAGUGAACAUGCAAAAUCAAAAAGAAGGGAGUUGAAAGAUCACCUUCAAAGCAUGAAAGACGAAUUACAAUUGAUUCAAGAUGAAGAAAAGCAAAAUGAUCAGCAUCUUGAUGAAAUGGAACGGAAAAGAUCGUUCAUUGUACAAACCAUUUCGGACAAAGCUGAAUAUGUAAAAGAAAAAGUUGAAGAAGCUAAGUGUAAACUUGAGGAAGAAUUCAAGGCAUUGCAGAAGAUCGACAAAACUCUUUUGGGUAAUUGUAAACAGAAGGCUGCAGCAUGCAGAGAAAAGCUUCAAAAACACAUGGAAACUGUAGAGAAGCAGCUAUCUAAUAAUGAUACUGAUUUACUUCAUUGGAUAUCUAAAAAUAGAUUUGAUCCACUUUGUUUUGAUAGGUCAUUUUUAACUGAAAUGGCAUUGGGUAAACCAUCUGAAUAUAGAUUUGAUUCAAUAGAGAUUGAUGAAAAGCGUAUGGCACGUAUGAUUGGUCGUUUUCAAAAUGUCUGUUAUAUAGACCAUGUUUGCUCAGAUGCUGAAUUUCAAGGUCAAAUAGAAUUGAAUAGCUCAAUUGAUUUUAAAAGCAAUUUUCCAAAUUAUCAACAUGUUGGGACGGUCUUUCCUGUUCAUGGGGAAUUGGCAUGGAUUGGAUUUCAGCGCCCUGAAAUUUUACAUUUGGUAACCAAAAAAGGCAGUGAAAAGAUGAAAAUUCUUGUAGGUUUUGAUUUCAAAGAUAUGAAGAUCACAAAGUAUGGUGAUAUACUAAUAUCAGAAGAAAAAGGUUCAAAAGUUUGGAGAUUUACCUUUUGUGGAAGGAAACAGGAAUUUUAUGAUGCAUCACCAUUUAUAACUAGAUGUAUGUGUGUCACAAGAAAUGGCGAAGUUCUGCUUUGUCUUCAUAAGAGUGGUACUAAAGGUAAAAUUGUAAAAUUGAGUCCCACUGGUAAAGUUAUGGCUGAAUAUUCAGAGAAUCAAAAUGGAAAAGAAAUGUUUCAAAAACCUGAUAGAAUUAUUCAGAAUGUAAAUGAUGAUAUUAUAGUCAUUGAUUGGGGAACAAAAGCAAUACAAGGAUUUAGUCAGGAUUUCACAAAGAUUAAGUUUACGUAUAGUGGAUCUCCAAAACCAGCAGGACCAAAGCCCUUCACACCAUAUGGCAUAGUAAAUGACAGGAUGGGUCAUUUAUACAUAGCAGAUUAUGAGAAUCAUAUAAUCCAUGUUCUUCGACCAGAUGGAAAUUUCUUAUCCUUUCUCCAAUUCAAGGAGCUGGAAAAAAAUUGGCCCAGAAGGGUUGCAGUAGAUUUGAAAAGUUUCUUAUGGAUUGGGUGUAAUAAUGCUAAAUUGUACAGAAUUAGUCUCCAUAAUUUGGGAUUACAGAUUUAAGUCUCACUGCUCUAGUCAGUUACAAAAUGUAUAUAUUCUGUCAAAUUUAUUGACUAGAUGUGCAAAAUUUAUUCACUUACAGAUCAUACCUUUUCACUUGGUCUAAUCUUUUUAGUGUGAAAUGUGUUCGCAUUUAAUUGCCUGACCUGUCGUAAAUAAAUGGGUGUGUCUAUUCAUGUCUCUUGUCACUUUUGUAUAACAAGUGAAAUUUUUUUAUGAAUUUACCCGAAUUCAAAGAAGUUAAUGGGUCAGGCAAGCAAAUCUGGUAGCUCGAAACAAACUGACAGAUUCCUUAUAAUGUAUUAAAAUUUACAUUGACAUAACUAAAUGAUGUGUGAUGUUUUGAAUGCCUUUGUUUUCAUUAUACCUCAGUGUAAGUUUUAUGAUUUAUAUAAACUUUAUUAUGAUAAGUUAGAUAUUAAAAAGCAAUGUAUAGUUUUGUUUUUGUUAUUUUCAGUAUUUCUAGUGUAGCAAGUUUUUUUUCACAUGUACAAAUGAUGUAUGCAUUUUUCCAAUACGAAAAACAAACUUUUUCAUUACAUUAUAUAUUGUUUAUUAGGGUAUUAAUUUAUGAGCUUUGUUCACUUGUUUUUCUAGUUAAAAAAUGUAUAUUUUUAACAGAAAAAGUCAUAUAUUCUGCUGAAUCUCCUAUGGGAUACAAUGUGGUUUGAUUUUUUUAUUGUACAAAAAGUAGAAAAAGAGGUGGAAAUAUACCAUAGGGCAUGUAGGGAGAAUCAAAAUUCAUAAUUGGAAGAAAUAUACACACAAUCAAGGCAAAAAAAAUAAUAAAAGCCAUAAAAAGACAACAACAAAAAAACCACACCAUACCAAAAGCUGAAUGAUUCUCAGGUGCUCCAAAAGGGUAAGGUAUCUCAGCUCCACAUGUGGCACUCAUCAUGUUGCUCAUUGUAAGUGCAAAUUCGGUGCUAAGUCUAGAAUUAAGAUUGGAAUUGUUUUCAAUGGUGGCAGUUGAAUUGAAAAUGGUGGUUUGACAAGCAUUUCAAAUAUUUAUGAUCUUAUUUUUUAAGAGUGUAGUAAUAUCAUAUACAGAACUAGGUAUAGCAGUCAUGUUGGGAAGAAUCUGUUUUUUUUCUAAUGAUGUUUAGAACAAUAUUUACGCAUUAAACUUUUUAUUCAUCAAGUAUGGUCCUAUUGUAACAUGGCAUCAUAGUCACACUAAUUAAAUCAGAGGCUGGUGAUAAAAAAUUUUAUCAAUAAAAAUCAUUGAACUUUUACAAUAAUUUGGAAAAAUCUCCCUCUGAAGAUAUGUCUCCUGUUUCUUGUGAAUAAAUUCAUUAAUGAUUGUAAUCCUUUGAAUUUUUUUUUAUUAAAAAUGUAUUAAUAUAAUUUAACGGCUAAAAGUAAAAAUAUUGUAGACAAUAAGUUGAAAGAUUUCAAUCACAAAAAACUGCCAGGGAAUUUACUCAUUUUAGAAGUUUGUUUUUUAUUAUAUUUUGCAACUUUGCAGAUGUGAUUACCAGACAAUUUGCAAUUUUUGUCUGCAAGAUCUUUUUUUUUACAUAUAUGAUAUUAAUUUUAUAUAUAUACACAUUAUAGUUCACAAUUUGUUAAUACAUGAACAGUUUACAAAUGGUAUAAUUUCUCAUGUUAAAUUUUUUUUAUUAUAUUUUAAAUGACUGUUAAAAAGCAUUUACUUUCAAAUAAAUAAUUUUAAUAAUAAAAACUUACUUUUUAUUUA